CCUCUUUGACAAUCGACACAACGUCUUGCAGACCGCUAGAACUAUUCAGUGACAACAGUUGUAUAACACGCUUGUCAGAGCAAUCCCAUUGCUUGUUGAACAACCAGCUGCAGAGCACAACAAACGCAAGUCCUGAUCCUUUACAUCAAGCACUCGCCAGUAUGGCACCACAAGUCCUCUAUGCGGCGCGUGGGGAGACAUCUACCCAGUCGAGCUGCCUCACGAGAGAAUCAAAGGACACAGGAAACGCGAAUCUAUCCAUGACUGGGAAUGGCCGCAGCAUCUUCAAUGAGCGGCCGAGUGAGCCCGAUCAAAUCCCUGCGACGCGCUCACAUUCGACCACCGCCGCGGAGCUGGUGUGUCAAAGUUCCUCUUCCGCAGGUAUCUUUGACAAUCCCAUGGACUGGCAAAGCUCAGGUGCUCAAAAGCUUGGUGUCAAGGAAUUUCCCUUCGAACAGUCUUCACAGCGGUCGAGUGAAGGACGGCUUUCGAGGCCCAGUAUCACACGGCUUGCUUCAUUCAGCGUACAGGAUGACCAGCCAGCAGCGUUGACGGCCAUCAUGCGUCCAAUUGAGACCCUGCAAAAGGCUGCCCCUGGAUUACAACGUCCCUCACUCUAUCGCAGUCAAACCAUGCCAAUGGUUUUGUCUACUUCAGGGAGCACGAGCCGACCCUCUCUAAGGUCUGCAAGCUCCGAAUUCUUCGGCAAGGACAGCUUACGAAUCCGUCGGCGUCCCAAUGCAGCUCCCCUUGCUGAGACUAUGACCAGAUCUUGCUCAUCGCAAGGUCAUUCGCCAUACUCAGCGAGUCCGAUACGCAGAUCGUUCUCGUCUGCCAAAAUCAUGUCCAGCAGCGCAUCUCAAUUCGGGCACACUAUGCCACCGUCACCUAUCUCGCCUAAUACUAGACACUUGACUAAAUCGAGUACUUCUACGUCAAGUGCUCCAGUGUUACAGGCAGAGUCUGGAACGUCUUCGGUUUGUUGGCAGAUGUCUCCCCCAAGGACACCUUUGUCGCCGUUGAGCUUCUCCCGCUUGAACAGUCUUGUGCCGGGCAAGCUGUCGAUGGCAGCGGCAGAUGCACUUUUCGACCACGAUGAUGGACUCCCACCAAUGGAGGUUCAGUUCAUGACUGCAGAGGACGCGUACUCUGUCUGAUGAUGGCGCACGGAAUAUGCACUGUCAAGUCGUGUACUUCGCCAAAACGACUUUUACGUUCAUUCAGGGGGAAGGGUUGCAAGCCACAUAGCUGUGUAGAUGCAGGCGAGAGGGUUCGUGGACGGUGUCAAAGCGACGUUUAUAUGUCUUUAUACUUAACGCACACUUCGACUAUGACUCCCGCAAGGAGAUCGACUUGCAGACCAAAUGCCCCGGUGAAGAUGAAGCAGCUCGUCCGUUCUACUGCUUUGUAUGCUGUCGGCUGCACGUGACCAGGUCGCGACCUGCCCGAUUGGGACGGGAAGAUUGCGCAACGCUACAAACGGCAGGUGCGACUUCAGAAGUUCAGAUAGCGCGCCAGAGCCGGUGACUUCGGUUGGCCG